ACAGAAUUAUGUAUGAGUAAAAAGAUCCAUUCAAAGUACAAGAUAGACUUCUAGCAAAGAUGGAAUGACACGGACACCUUAUGACUAAUGAUGUGGAAUAUCUUUUCAUGUGCUUAUUGGCCGUUGUUUCCUGGUGAUGACAUGGCAUCUGCCAGCGCCAGCCGGACAGGAGUGGCCCUGCCUUUUGAGAAGUCUCAGCUUACUUUGAAAGUGGUGUCAGCAAAGCCCAAGGUGCACAAUCGCCAACAUCGAAUUAACUCAUUUGUGGAAGUGGCAGUGGAUGGACUGCCCAGUGAGACCAAGAAGACUGGGAAGCGAAUCGGGAGCUCCGAGCUUCUCUGGAAUGAGAUCAUCAUUUUGAAUGUCACGGCCCAGAGUCAUUUAGAUUUGAAGGUCUGGAGCUGCCAUACCUUAAGAAAUGAACUGCUAGGCACCGCCUCUGUCAACCUCUCCAAUGUCCUGAAGAACAAUGGGGGCAAAAUGGAGAACACACAGCUGACCCUGAACCUGCAGACGGAGAACAAAGGCGGUGUUGUCUCGGGCGGUGAGCUGACAAUUUUCCUGGACGGGCCGACUGUUGAUCUGGGAAGUGUGCCUAAUGGCAGUGCCGUGACAGACGGAUCACAGCCACCUUCGAGAGAAUCCAGCGGGACUGCUGUCACUGCCGAGAGCCGGCACCAGUCCCCCAGCACCAACUGCUUUGGAGGGAGAUCCCGGACGCACAGACAUUCAAGUGGUUCAGCCAGAACAACCACAGCAACCGACGAGCGAAGUCCUGGUACUAACAACCGGCACCGCCAGCCCGUCAAGAACCCAAGCCACAGUGGCUUGGCCAAUGGCACAGUGAAUGAUGAACCUGCUGCAGCCACUGAUCCCGAAGAACCUUCUGUUGUUGGUGUGACAUCCCCACCUGCAGCGACGAGUGUUACCCCAAACCCCACUGCAGGGUCUCUCCCUGCUCCAGCCACGCCAGCUGAAGGAGAGGAGCCCAGCACGUCGGGCACACAGCAGGUCCUCCCGGCUGUCCCGGCCCCCGAUGCUCUGCCUGCUGGAUGGGAACAGCGAGAGUUGCCCAACGGCCGUGUCUAUUAUGUUGACCACAAUACCAAGACCACCACCUGGGAACGUCCUCUUCCUCCAGGCUGGGAGAAACGCACAGACCCCCGAGGCAGAUUUUACUAUGUGGAUCACAACACUCGGACCACCACCUGGCAGCGCCCCACAGCCGAGUAUGUGCGCAACUAUGAGCAGUGGCAGUCACAGCGGAAUCAGCUCCAGGGCGCCAUGCAGCACUUCAGCCAAAGAUUCCUCUACCAGUCUUCGAGUGGUUCAACCGACCAUGACCCACUGGGCCCCCUCCCUCCAGGCUGGGAGAAGAGACAGGACAACGGACGGGUGUAUUACGUGAACCAUAACACGCGCACCACCCAGUGGGAGGACCCUCGGACCCAGGGGAUGAUCCAGGAGCCAGCUCUGCCCCCAGGGUGGGAGAUGAAGUACACCAACGAGGGGGUGCGCUACUUCGUGGACCACAAUACCCGUACCACCACCUUUAAGGAUCCUCGCCCAGGGUUCGAGUCAGGGGCGAAGCAAGGUUCCCCUGGUGCCUAUGACCGAAGUUUCCGGUGGAAGUAUCACCAGUUCCGUUUCCUCUGCCAUUCAAAUGCCCUCCCCAGCCACGUGAAGAUCAGCGUUUCCAGGCAGACACUUUUUGAGGAUUCUUUCCAACAGAUCAUGAACAUGAAACCCUACGACCUGCGCCGCCGGCUCUACAUCAUCAUGCGUGGCGAGGAGGGCCUGGACUACGGGGGCAUUGCCAGAGAGUGGUUUUUCCUCCUGUCCCAUGAGGUGCUCAACCCCAUGUAUUGCUUAUUCGAAUACGCCGGGAAGAACAAUUACUGCCUGCAGAUCAACCCCGCCUCCUCCAUCAACCCUGACCACCUCACCUACUUCCGCUUCAUCGGCAGGUUCAUUGCCAUGGCUCUGUACCAUGGAAAGUUCAUUGACACGGGCUUCACCCUCCCUUUCUACAAGCGGAUGCUCAACAAGAGACCGACCCUGAAGGACCUGGAGUCCAUCGACCCCGAAUUCUACAACUCCAUCAUCUGGAUCAAAGAGAACAACCUAGAGGAGUGUGGCCUCGAGCUGUACUUCAUCCAGGACAUGGAGAUUUUGGGCAAGGUGACCACCCACGAGCUGAAGGAAGGUGGCGAGAGCAUCCGAGUGACGGAGGAGAACAAGGAAGAGUACAUCAUGCUGCUGACUGACUGGCGUUUCACCCGGGGCGUGGAGGAGCAGACCAAAGCCUUCCUAGACGGCUUCAACGAGGUGGCCCCCUUGGAGUGGCUGCGCUACUUUGAUGAGAAAGAGCUGGAGCUGAUGCUGUGCGGCAUGCAGGAGAUAGACAUGAACGACUGGCAGAAGAACACCAUCUACCGGCACUACACCAAGAACAGCAAGCAGAUCCAGUGGUUCUGGCAGGUGGUGAAGGAGAUGGACAACGAGAAGAGUAUCCGGCUGCUGCAGUUUGUUACAGGGACCUGCCGCCUGCCUGUCGGGGGAUUUGCCGAACUCAUUGGUAGCAACGGACCACAGAAGUUUUGCAUCGACAAGGUUGGCAAGGAAACCUGGCUGCCCCGAAGCCACACCUGUUUCAACCGUCUGGAUCUCCCACCAUACAAGAGCUAUGAACAACUGAAGGAGAAGCUGCUGUACGCCAUUGAGGAGACGGAGGGCUUUGGACAGGAGUAACUGAGGCUGCCCCCUCCCCUGCGCCCUGCACACAUGUAGUCACGAGUCCUCCCUGCCUGAGAGGCUGCCGGCCGUAGCCCCGGGAGGCCCCGCAGAUGGUGGCCCUGCGCGGGACCACACUGUCAUCGGGCUGGUGGCAGCAGAGCCUGACCUCAAGAGGCCCUGCCCACCCCUCCCUCCUUCCCGCUGGUGGCAGUCUGGAAUAAAGCCCCUUAGUCACCUUAGCCCAACACCUGUUGCAGCCUGGAGGGCUGACCCUCUGCGAAGCUCACUGAGCCUCCUUCUCCCCUACGGCCAGCCCUAGGUGUGCGUGAGUGUGCAAGCGGGGGUGCCCGUGCCGAAGGGCUGCAGCACAAGCUGAGGGCCUCACGGGCUAGUUAGGCGAGAAGGAGACUGGCCCCUCGGGGUCACUGUCAGGGUCUUUGCCAGUAAAAGGGGUUCUGUUUGAAAUAGAACUUUUCUAACGAUGUGUAUAAAACGAAGGUGUGCGAGUGAGGAGCUCUUCCCACAAUUCCCCAGAGCUCUGGAUGGAGGCUGCCUUGCUUCCUUCCCCGCAGGCUUAGCCGUGGAGGCGGAGCAGCAAGGCAGGCCCGUCUCCACUCAGGGCUGGCCAGUUCCCUCCUCCCAGCCAGCCGAGGCUUGUGCCAGCUGCUUGGAUGUCGCUGGGAUGGAAACAGCAAACUCGGACUUUCUUUCCCUUUCCCUGAACUUGAAGCAUUUUGUGUGUAGGGUUGCUUCGUGUUUGUUGCUGGUGUGCUGCUGUCACUCUCUGCCAAGGAGCUGGUGCACCAAGUGUUGCUGGGACCUUGAGGGACCCAGCACCGUGGGUCCAAGGAUUUCCCAGACAGCUGCUCCUCUUAGGAACCAGCUUAGCAGUUCUGCGAGCUCAGGCAGCUCGACCUCACAGCGGCCUCUCCCCGAGCCUUGACAGAGAGGGAAGGGGUGGUGCCCCGAGUGCCACCAACCUCGCCGCCUUUGAUAGAGAAAAACGCCCUUUGCCAGAUGUAGUCCCCCAGGCUGUGGGCCUCCAGGUGGGCCGCUUCGUCCCCUGUUGAGAAUGAAGGGCAUCCCCGCCAGCCGAGAGCCUCGAAGUGAGGCUUUGUCUGCACACAGGAGACGAUGCUCUUGGAAGCGGCUGAAGGGCCUGAGCUGCUGCACACUUCUGACUUGAUUUCUGGAGCCCCACUGGGCUCCGUCCUGGGCAUUCUGGGUAUUGAUACCUUCAAGGACACGCUCCUCCGGGAUGCUGGAGCCGUGAUGGUCAUGAACUUCCCGAUCCAGGCCCUGGGUUCUAGCACCGAGCACCAGCUGCAGACUAGCUCUAGCUUCCUGGGACCCCAGGCAGGCCCCCAGACCGGUCAGGGCCUUCAGAGGAUAGUUUCGUCUCCCCAGAUCUGUGUCCCUUCCCCUGGCCCUGCAGGGACAGCCGUGUCUGCUGUGCUGGCUGCACUGGUCUGAAUGGCUCCUGGAGUCACUUGCUGUGCUUCCCGCAGCGACUCGCCAUGUCAGGGCGGGAUGUGAGCUGCCGUGAGGAGUUUGGAAGCCUCAGGCUCCCGUGUAUUCAGAGUGUGUUCAUGUGCAUGUGUGUGUACAUACGUGUGUGUACAUAUAACAUGUGUCUACAGAAUAUCGUGUGGUAGCUCUGGGUUGGCCAUCUGAUUGUUUUGUAAUGCCCAGCGCCUUGCCUCGGAAUUGCCAGUUUCUUGUGCAAUAAACAGUCAGCAGCUGUG